UAUGGUGGAAUACCCAGUCCAUUUGUUGAGGCUCGACUCGUCAAAUGGGGCAAACAGGAUCAAGAAAAUCAUCAACUGGGAUCCGCGAACCACGGUUUAGUUGAUCGAAACCCUGCAUUAAGAACAUCAACGCAUUCCGGGUCGAUUUUAUCUGGAUUAUUGGCGAGCAAACGGAGACCAGCUUCUUCGACACCGUCGUCAGCGACAGCGACAGCGACACCGACGACAUCGAUGAAUACUCUGUCUUUUUCUCAUCACUACGACGGGGAACAAAGGGGAAAGAAGUCGGUGCUUUUGGUGUCUCCGGUUUUAUUUCAAGCCAGGACGGAGACGGUCAAGAAAACACGGAACCCGAGGUUUGAUCAGACCAUUGAAAUUGAUAUGAAUGUUUCUGAUCUAGUGGACACAAACCUUCAGUUGUCUGUGCUUGACGACGACAAAUUUGGCAAUCCCACUCUAAUGGGCACGACUUUGCUGAGCUUGCCAAAAGACGAACUGCAGCUUUACGUCGGUCGGAACGCCACAUUUACUCGUUGCAUCGUUCCCACAACC